UAGCAUGGAGAUCGAAACAAGCUCGCGUACCUUGUUGUCGCAUGCGUUCUCUCCAUCAACAAUGACGUGCACCGAGAGGGCUCAGCAAGCAUAUGACUCACGGGUGGUGAUUCAUUUCUAGCUUUUGUGCCUUCAGCUUCUUGCCCAUUUUGUCGCAUAGAGGCGUUGAAACAUUUCGGCAGUCGCCGGUACCAACUUCCUUUCUGUUCCUUUGUUUUCUUCCAUUGCUCUAACUUUCCAGCGGGUGCUCAUUCUACUUUUCCGUUGGUAGAUGCAAAAGGGCCAAGGACGAGGACGACGACGAUAUUCACUAUCCAGCUGGAGCACAUCGAGCAGACGAACCAGGUCCAAUCCACCCUCCACAUCUCAAGAACAGUCCAACUCACACACGACUUCUUUGCAACCAAGACGAGCUCCCUCUAUACUUCGACGAUCUGCUCGUAUAGCUGAGUCACUCCAAACAACCACCAACACUCCUCAGCAGUCAUCCACCUCGACCGAACCAAUGGCUGAUGUUGCAAGACACCCAGCGCUGGGUAGCCGAUCAGUACAGUCAAGACAUCACAGCAGCGCUACUCGCACAUCAGGACGGUCAAGGUCUGGCCACUACUCAAAUAACAUCCAGUACGCCAUGGACUUCAUAGUGCAGCCUCCCCGAACAGCACGUGUUGGCCACACAAUACCUGGAACGAUCAUUGUACGCUUACGAACCACCAACACCGACCCUGACUACGCUGUUGCCGACUCUUCCAAUCUCAUGGCAGUUGCUGCACUUAUUCCUGGUCCGAAUUCCACUGCAUCAUCAGAUCCUAAUGUUCUGCACACACUGUUGGCCGGCCAACGCAUAGACACAAUACAUCCCUUUGCCGACGAUGAGGCGGAUGGUUCCAUUGCUUCCAUGGACAUGGCUGGCUCUCAAGGUGUCGGCUACAUGAGCUUUCCAGACCUUGCUGUCCGUCAAGCAGGUACCUACCGGAUACGCAUCACCCUCUUGCGCACUGGAGCAGCAGUACAGGCUGUUGACAGCAACCCUAUCGUUGUCCAAAAUAAUGGACCUGCCACAGGCUAUGCGUCGUACAAUGGUAAAUACGCCGUAGCCUCAUACUGAUUUGGUGCAACAUGAAAUAUCUUGUACCAUGACUCAACGACGUUGCAUAAGAUGGGUGCUGCCACGAUCUUCGGAUCUGAUUCGAGUGGUGGUCUGUAUGAUGUG